CGCCCAAGGAAUGCCCCCGCCCAGCCCUGCUGCGCAUGCUCGCUCGGUGACCCCAGCUUGAGGUGACGGCCGGAACCGAGGCGUGUCUCCAAGCAGGAGGCUGCGGGACCUGCUGCGGUUCGGUCGCCGGAGAGGGAGGGCUCUGCUGCCGCCGCCGUCCAGCCGUGCCCGCCCAGAAGCCAGGGAUCCUGGAGUGACUGUGGAUUCUCUGCACACCUCUACCAUCCCGUCUCCUCCCAGCUGAGGCAGUGCCAGCCCCGGCUCAGGACAGAGCCCCUGGACUGCCAGCUUCCCGAGCAGGGAGGAGGAGGAGGAGGACGAGAACUCCACCUGCUGGGUCCUGAGCGUGGUCGCAGGGACGACCCAUCAUCCCAGAAUGCCCCUGCCAGAGCCCAGCGAGCAGGAGGGCGAGAGUGUGAAGGCUGGCCAGGAGCCGUCCCCAGAGUCCUCUCAGCCAAGCACAGAUGUCGUCCCCGCCGCACCCAGGAAGCCCAGAAAGUUUUCCAAACUGGUCCUGCUGACGGCCUCUAAGGACAGUGCCAAGGUGGCAGGGGCCAAGCGCAAAGGAGUGCACUGCGUCAUGUCCCUGGGGGUGCCUGCCCCUGCCACCCUCGCCAGAGCCCUCCUCAAGAUCCAUCCUGAGGCUCAGAGGGCCAUCGAGGCGCCCCCCCAGGAGCCUGAGCGGAAACGCAGCAAGCCGGACAUAGACGGAAAAGAAGAUGGAAAGUUGGCAGGGCAGUCUGCCCCCAGGACCGAGGUGGUGGGGGAGGAGCCCACUGCAGAUGCCGUCAUGCCCAACACGCUCCUGUAACUCUGACAAACACGGGUAUGCCCUUACUGGGUCAGUGAACUUGGCUGUGACUUCUGCUGGGGACAUAGUUGCAAAUGAUUUUCACUCUCAGACGUUGUGUAAUGUUUUCCAAAUCAAGUAUAAAUUACUUUUAUAAACAGAAAAAAAAAAAAACUCAAAGAGGAUCAAAGAAGCUAUAUGCUAGUUCCCAUUAUGGACAGGUUUUAAACCCUUCUGUGGUCCUUUGAGACCCCACUUGCAACCCCACCAGCCCUCCCAGGGCUCUUUCCCAGGACCUCAGCCUCUCCGCCUGGAGAGCCAAUCACUGGCCCAGAGACUAGGUAGGGUCUCUGAGUUUUCUCCUUCCUGCUGCUCCUGGCCUGAAAGGGGGACAGUGGGACCCCCAGGCCUGAGCCCCUGGGCAGGCUUUCUGGCCCCUCCCUGAUCAUCCCUCCCAGGCCUGUUCCCAGGAGGCUUCAGCCCACUGGUGCCAGAUCAUCAGGAGGCUCGCCUCCUCCAGGAAGCCCACCACCUGACAGCUUCCUCCACCCCUCAUGGGGGCCUGUGUUCGUGGCUGCCAAGGGUUCUGCCGGGGAGGGUGCGGGCCUGCAGUAUGGCAGGCAGAUCCCGAUAGAAGUGUACGAUACCCCUACCAUGUUCCUUCUGGGGGUGUUUUGGGGGCUGAGAUUCCUGGGCACCUGAGCCCCUCCCCUCCGUUCACCUGGGUGUCAUCCCUGGAGGCCCCCCAACAGGAAAGGCUUCGUUCAGCCUCCUUCACCUCGCGUGGUCUUUGUUUUGUGAAAACUGCCAUCAGGCAAAGGAAACAGAUGGAUUAUUUCUAAAAAGUUGAGACCAGAGGCCUUACGUUUUUUAACAUCAUUUUCCCAAAUUCAGCCUGUAUCUAUGGACCCGUCUAGGCAAAGGGAGUUCCUCAGCCCCCUCCUGGCCCAGCACCUCUCUUGGUUAUCCCUGUAUCCCUCCAGCGCGGUUGUUACAUUUAUAUUCUGUAACCAUCGUUUGAAACGUUCCUUUGUCUUCAUUUGAUAUUUAAAUAGAUUCCCGCUCCCCAC